GUUGGAGUAAGAGGAUCCCCGGAAGCUGCUGAAACGACCGAAAAAUUGCAAAAUCCGGCCAUGAUUGGGGAAGGCGACCAGGCUUGGCGCGCUUAAUCAUCCGGCGGGUGGCUGUUGCCGAUUCGGGCAGGCGAGCAACGAACAAGGACAACCUUCUGGACCUUCUCGCUUUUUCGUUUCUACUUUCCUUCAUUCGCUUUCUGUGACGGCCGGCAAAGUUGGACAUGCAGGGUUCUCCCGAUUCCAGCAGUACGCCUGACGACCUUUCACCCAAAACCGGUCUCGAGCUCGUUCCUCCCGGCAACUUGAAGAUUGCCAUCCCUCGGCUGCCCGCUUCAUCCGUCAAGGCAAACCAGCGCACGGCACGCGCCUGUGUCGCCUGUCGCGCUAGGAAGACCAAGUGCGACGGUCGCAAGCCCGUGUGCCGGCAAUGUCGCCGUCUUGAGCUGGUCUGUAACUAUGCCGGCUCCAAGCGAGAACGCCAGCAGUUGGAGCUCGAGUCUGUCCGAACCAAAGUUGCCUCCUACGAAUCGCUCCUGCGCGACAUCCUCGCCGAAAGUAGUCGGCAAGGCACCUCUGCCAUCGAGGACCUUAUCGAUAAACACUUCCAAGCAUCUCCGGAUGUCUUUGCGUCGCUUCUAGCGGCCAGAUCCUUAUCGGAUCCUCAAAUACUACCGCGGCAACAACCGGGGAUUUCUUUACACCGCAUGCACCUAACAUUGGCCGCUAAAACUCGCAGUAACGCCGCCACUAACUCUCUCGUCGAUACACCUCUGGUCCAGGUCAGCAACAUCCAGCUCUGGACAGACCUUGUCAACAAUACCACCGCCAGCCACCUUCUCUCUCUCUACUUCGCCUGGGAAAACCCGACAUGGCACCUUGUCGAUCAGGAGAUGUUCGUGCGCGACUUGGAGGCCGGAAGAAAGAAAUUUUGCUCCUCGCUUCUGGUCCACACGCUUUUGUUCUUCGGCUGUGUAAACGCCACUGCAAGCUCUUCUUACCAUCUGGGGCGCAUCACAGAUCGACGAGAGGAGAAGGUUUUGGGUAAGAAGUUGUAUUCUGCCUUGCAGCAUCUUUGGCAGUCUGAAAAGGAUGAUGCCGGCCUUCCGACGGCGCAGUCCAGUAUCAUGAUCGGGCUUCUUUGCUGUACCUUUGGCAUCGACCGAUUGGGGACCAGGUACAUCAUGCAUGGUGCCCAACUCAGCCGUGACCUAGGGCUUCAUCGCGAGUCGACCCCCUACUUCUCUACUGAUGUUGAUGCCGAUGUCGAUGUGAUGUCCCGGUGCCACAAAUUCGUUGCAUGUGGCGUCUUCGAUGUGCAGGCACUCGCCGCGCAAGUUUAUCGGAAAACACCGGUAUGGGAUCAGCCGCCAAUCGCUACCUUCUCGCGGGAAGAAGCUGCGGCUUUAGAUGAAAGAGACGACUGGAAACCAUAUCCUUAUCUGACCCCUGUCUUUCGGCCCUUCUUCCACACUGCAUCGCACUUUCGCAAUGAUCUGGUUGUGAUAGUCAACGAGAUUGCUAGUUUCGCAUUGAAAUUCCCGGAUGCAACUCUCAAUCAAGAUGACUGGGAAUACGGCCGUCGGACGUAUCAGAGGUUACGAGAAUGGCGGGCAGGUUUACCGUCUGUCGUCUUACCGGAUGAGAACACUUCGCCGCACAUUCUGACACUUCACAUGUAUUAUCAAGCGACGGUCGUGUCACUAUGCGAAAUAUAUAACCUGAAUGCCGACCCAACGACCAACCAGCAAACCGAUCCCGACUUUGACACACAAACCAUCAAGUUGCGGGCCCUGGAUAUAAUUGGAUCCCUCAUUCUUCUUUUUCAAACCGCGCAUGGGCUCAAGUCGGUCCCGAUCGUGAUGCUACAUUACUUCUGCGUGGGCGGCGUCCACGCCAUCUCGCAAUUACGUCCUCUAGAUAUUAAGUGGAGUCUUGUUCUGGAGAGCUGCGUGGUCGGCUUAUGGCACCUGAGCCUGGGAUGGGGCCGACUAUGUACUGCAUUUCUCCGGACUAUUGAACUCGUCAUGAAAGCGAUCAAACCGGACCCGACUCUCGUGCCGCCGAAGGUGACAGCCGUCUUGCAACUUUUGAGCACGAACCUCUGGACCGCGACGGACGUCUCUUCCCUUGCGGCCGAUUAUGUAGUGCACCAUGUUCCUGCUCUUGCGGGACAAACAAGGUCACAAACAGGGUCGCAGUUCCAGGCUCAAGGAUUGGAAAACUUGAUCCGCACUAUGGAUAAUUUCUCUAUCAGCUAGAGUGCGAUUUUGGGCAUGGCAGUCUGCCGUGUUAUCCAUUUUGACGAAUGUUCUCAGUACAUGAACAUUUUGCAUCUUACAACAAGCUCGUCCAGCCACCGCGUCCUGGAUACAGUUGCCCCGAGGACUUUGCUUAGCCCCUUCCAUAUAUACGUGGGCUUGUUUGUCUUGACUUUCACCCGAAUCUACGGCCACUCAGACAGGGGAGCAAAUGAAGGCUUUGUCGCCAUCCCUGUCUAAGACUCACGUGGUCGAUCUCGCGCCAAUGUAAUGCGACCCCCAACUGUCAGUGGCAGCGUGGAUUAUAUUCCAUGCUGUUUAUUAGGUACGAUUGCGGAUUUGAUGGGCUAGUUGAGUUGUUUUUGUGAUGGACGGGUAUGUGAUACAUGUAUAUACCUUGGAAAGUAAACGCAACUAGAGUCCCCAGUAUUACCGAUAGAAG